AUGGACUACACAAUGGAAGACACUCAGAACUCGGCCCCCGAAGCCCUGGAAGCUUCCAAGUUGAAUUCCUCCGCCCAGCGAAGUGACACCCAGAGCGUGACCAAACGCCUGCAGGCCGAGUUGAUGCAGCUCAUGAUGUCGCCCUCACCCGGUAUCUCCGCCUUCCCCGAUGCCGAUGGCAACCUCCUCUCCUGGACUGCCACCAUCACCGGCCCGGACGAGACACCCUACGAAAGCUUGACCUUGAAGCUCUCCUUUGCUUUCCCCAACAACUACCCGUACUCGCCGCCGACCGUGCUCUUCAAGACCCCCAUCUACCACCCCAAUGUCGACUUCUCCGGCCGGAUCUGUUUGGAUAUCCUCAAGGAUAAGUGGAGUGCUGUAUACAAUGUGCAAACUGUGCUUUUGAGUCUGCAGAGUCUCCUAGGCGAGCCCAACAACGCGAGCCCACUAAACGGCCAAGCUGCUGAGCUCUGGGACUCCGACCAAGAAGAGUUCAAGCGCCACGUCCUGGCGCGACACCGAGACCUCGACGACGAAUAG